AUGACACCAUUACCAAAAUGCUAUAUAUCUGUGCACAAACCACCAGAGAAGACCACCUUACCACAUCCUUUCAAUCACCUUGUUGACCUCUUACUUCCUACCGAUCUUUACCAACUUAUAUCUAACGACUUGGAAUCGUCACCCACGCUAUCUAAACCGCUACUAUGUCAUCGAAUGUCGAUACCUCUAUCGGCGAUAGUAGAGGCUGAAUUUCUUACGAAGUAUAUAAAGACAGGCAAUGUUAUAAUGCUCUCUAGAGGCCGAAUCGACAUUGACAAUGUCUUCUCGCUUAACGACGGGAUACUUCGCCUUUCACUCACGAAAGAAGCAUACGAAAAAACGGGCUUAACUGGGCAGCCCACACGCUUCGGGAAUACAGGCCCUAGAAAAAAGCAUAACCGACAUCUGGUUGAAAUAAACCUCCGUGACCCAGCUAUGCUCCAUGGAAAGAAAGGCUUUGACCGCGUAGUCUGGAGUUUCCAGAAUAAACUCAAUAUGAAAGUCGAUUUCUUGUUUUGCGAUUUAGACCAACAGAAAAAUCCUAUAGAUUGCCCAAUACUCGCAGCGUUGGGAGCUGCUCCCCGACAGGUUCAAGUCCCGGAGGUAACUUCGUCAAGCCCGGUUAAAGUGCCUUCUUUCGAUCCUCCGCCCGGGUCGGUGCCACAGGGCGGGGGGACAAGUCUCGGGGCGGAAUAUAAUCGGGAGGUAUGGAGGGAUUGGGCGAUGCAUGUCUAUGAGUGGCUAGCGCUGGCGAAUUGGGGUCCUGCCGAUCGGGUCAUUGAAGGCGAUAAUAUUGACUCCUAUCUAUCCACUUAUGCCGUCGAUCAGGGCGAGUUUGAAGGAGAGGCAGGUGCAGGUCUAACCAGGGUACGGUUUCGGGGGAUGAUCCCGGCGGGUUGGAUUCUGGGCGUUUGGAAGGCUGUUGAGAAACUGGCAUCGUCUGUUUCUGUUGGGAAUAGGAAGGGAUGGUUUUCAUUGACUGUUCAUGGGCUUGAGAAUUCAUCGAUAAGUUGGGGUAAAUCUGCCCAUGGCUCAAUGGUGGGUGGCGAGAAUGGAUACACCCUUCUUAGCAUACCACAGAAAAACGAGAGUAGUGCAGAAUAUGUGGAAGUAUUAACUUUUGAAGUCGUUGGGAGUCAAGAUGAGCAUUCAUGA